UUCCCAGCAGGCUGCGGGGCCGCAGACGGCGGCCCCUGAGAGAGCGGGCAGAGAGCCGUGCGCGCGCGGCAGGGAUGGAACGUUGCUAGAGUUCGCGGGUCUGGCGGCUGCGGCCCGAGCCGCACUUGGAAACUGCCGCGUGCCUAAGCGGGAAGCCAGGAGACAGGCGGCUCUACAAUUAAUGCACGGAUUUAAAACUCCCUAACCUGUGAACGCUAUGCACAGGAAGCACCUCCAGGAGAUUCCGGACCAAAGUAGCAACGUUAGCACCAGCUUCACUUGGGGAUGGGAUUCAAGCAAGACUUCUGAACUGCUGUCAGGCAUGGGGGUCUCUGCCCUGGAGAAGGAGGAGGUGGACAGUGAGAACAUCCCCCAGGAACUGCUCUCAAACCUGGGCCUCCCCCAAAGCCCCCCACGGAAACGGCUGAAGAGCAAAGGGAACGACAAAGACUUUGUGAUCAUUCGCAGGCCUAAGCUCAAUCGAGAGAACUAUCCAGGUGUUUCAUGGGACUCCCUUCCAGAUGAGCUGCUCCUGGGGAUCUUUUCCUGUCUGUGCCUCCCAGAGCUGCUGCGAGUCUCUGGGGUUUGUAAGAGGUGGUACUGCCUCGCCUUUGACGAAUCUCUCUGGCAGACCUUAGACCUCACAGGUAAAAAUCUGCACCCAGAUGUGACUGGUCGGUUGCUGUCUCGAGGGGUGAUUGCCUUCCGCUGCCCACGAUCAUUCAUGGACCAACCAUUGGUUGAACAUUUCAGCUCUUUUCGUGUGCAGCAUAUGGAUCUGUCAAACUCGGUUAUAAAUGUGUCCACCCUCCAAGGCAUUCUGUCUCAAUGCUCCAAGUUGCAGAAUCUAAGCCUGGAAGGCUUACAGCUUUCAGAUCCCAUUGUCAACAAUCUUGCACAGAACUCAAAUUUAGUGCGACUAAACUUCUGUGGGUGUUCUGGAUUUUCUGAAUCUGCCUUGAAGACUUUGCUAAGCAGCUGUUCCAGACUGGAUGAGCUGAACCUCUCCUGGUGCUAUGACUUCACUGAAAAGCAUGUGCAAGCAGCUGUCGCACAUGUGUCGGAGACUAUCACCCAGCUGAAUCUUAGUGGAUACCGAAAGAAUCUCCAGCCAUCAGAUGUUGCUACAUUAGUUAGAAGAUGCCCCAACCUUGUCCACCUAGACUUAAGUGAUAGUGUCAUGCUAAAGAAUGAUUGCUUUCCGGAAUUUUUCCAUCUCAACUACCUCCAACAUCUGUCACUCAGUCGGUGCUAUGAUAUAAUACCUGAAACUCUACUUGAACUUGGAGAAAUUCCCACACUAAAAACACUACAAGUUUUUGGAAUCGUGCCAGAUGGUACCCUUCAACUAUUAAGGGAAGCCCUUCCUCACCUGCAGAUUAAUUGCUCCUAUUUCACCACCAUUGCCAGGCCAACUAUUGGCAACAAAAAGAACCAAGAGAUAUGGGGCAUCAAGUGCCGACUGACUCUGCAAAAGCCCAGUUGUCUAUGAAGUGCUUAUUGCAGGGUGGUGUCUCCUCUUCCUUUGGAAUGGGGAACACAGACAGGAAGCCAAUUGCUGGAGCACUUGGCUAGUUUUGAUACCAGUUUCCCCUUACCCUUCGUCCUGCAGAUGUUAUAGGAACCAUUUGCAAGGGACAACUAUGAAGUGUUGCUUUUUUUUAAUUGACUAUAAAAGCGUCUUGUCAGUGCUGUGCCCUUAAAAGCCUAAAUUGUAGGGCUUUGGAAGUUUUAUGAGAAUGAGCUAACAAUUUCAAAAUACCUUUUUAAGGAGCAAAAAUUGAGCCAACUCUUCCAAGUGCCCUUCUGAUUAAGUCUAUUUAGAAUUAAGCUUA